UGUGGAGAAGAAGGUGGAGGAGGACCGCGGCUGUCCUUGUUUACCUGCCUUACGGAGUUAUUACGGGACAUUAUUACUACACCCACAUCUUGGAGUACUACUUAUUUUCCUUUCGGACUGAUAAAAUAUUGUAAACCCGGUCCCAGUCAUGGAUCUGAGCGGGGCGGCGAGGAGGGAAGAGGGGGAUUUAAAUGUCUCUUCUCGUCCCAGCAGCUUCACUUGAUUUGGAGCGCUUUACGGUGGAGCAGGACUGAGCCUGGUUUACGUGUCUGACUGGGAUUAGAAUUUAAAAAAAAGUUAUUGGUUAGUUUCAGAGCAGUUAGGCGGUGUUGUUUUUUGUAGUUUUUUUGGGGGGGUCCCCGUAUCUUUUGUUUCUCUGAGAGUUUGCGGAGGUGGCGGACUGAAGCGACUCUUGAAUCGGGGCUGACCGCUGGAGUCGGUCCUGAAAAUGGAGGCUGUUAUCGACAGGGAGUGCAGCGCGCUGGGAGGACUGUUCCAGACGCUCAUCGGAGACAUGAAGAGCAGCUACCCUAUUUGGGAGGACUUUACCAACAAGGCAGGGAAGCUGCAGUCGCAGCUCAGGGCAACGGUGAUUGCUGUCGCAGCCUUCCUGGAUGCUUUUCAGAAGGUGGCUGACCUGGCGACCAACUCAAAAGGUGGCACAAAAGAUAUUGGAUCAGCAUUGACCAGGAUGUGCAUGAGACAUCGCAGCAUAGAAGCUAAGCUCAAACAGUUCUCCACGUGCUUCCAGGAGGGUCUGAUCAACCCUCUGCAGGAACAGAUGGAGGAGUGGAAGAGAGGUGUCAACACACUGGACAAGGACCAUGCAAAAGAGUACAAAAGAGCUCGGCAGGAAAUUAAGAAGAAGUCCUCAGACACUCUGAAACUCCAGAAGAAAGCAAAGAAAGCUGAUAAUCUUGGCCGUGGUGAUAUCCAGCCCCAGCUGGACAAUGCAAUGCAGGAUGUCAGUGAUAAAUACAUUCUCCUGGAGGAGACGGAAAAGCAGGCCUUGAGGAAGGCUCUCAUAGAGGAGAGGCAGAGAUUUUGCUCUUUUGUAGCCAUGCUACGGCCUGUAGUGGAUGAGGAGAUAUCUAUGUUGGGAGAGGUUAUCCAUCUUCAGACCAUCUCUGAAGACCUCAAGGGCCUGACCUCUGACCCGCAUAAGCUCCCCCCUGCUAGUGAACAGGUGAUCUUGGACCUAAAGGGCUCAGAUUGUGGUUGGUCAUAUCAAACACCACCCUCAUCCCCCAGUACCACCAUGUCCAGGAAGUCCAGCAUGUGCAGUAGUCUGAACAGCGUUAACAGUAGUGACUCCAGAGGAUCCAGUGGCUCUCACUCUCAUUCUCCUUCCUCCUCUUCUUCCUCUUCUUCCUCACACCACCUAUUCCAUCACCCCCGCCAUCGAUACCGCAGCUCCACGUUACCCCAGCAGGCCCCAGCUCGGCUCUCUAGCAUCUCUUCCCAUGACUCGGGCUUCAUUUCCUCAUCACAAGACCAAAACACAUCGUCCAAAUCAUCCUCGCCAAUGCCAGCAGAAACAAAGCCUUGUCCCAGUUCCAGCUCCUCUGAGAUGUCAGAGACUGGGCAGCUUCUCAAUGACUGCAGCUCCCCUUCUUAUGUCGCUGCUGCUGCUGCUGCUGCUGCAUCUCAGCACGGUACUGACGAGUUGUCCAACGGUUUUGACCACCACAGUCCGGCAACUUCCCCCUACCUGUGUAGUAAUGGGGGCAGUUUGGGCUCAGCGUCAGGAACUGCUUUCCCUUUCUUCCCUCCCUCAUCAUCUACCACUUCCACCUCCUGCCCCGCUCGCUCAUGGUCCCGUCCUGCCUCCGCGUUGCUGCCCGACUACACCCCCUACUGCUCAGUGGGUUCCACCCUGUUCCCUUCAUCAAAAGUGCCCAGCUGGAAGGACUGGGCAAAGCCAGGUCCAUAUGACCAGCCUAUGGUCAACACACUGAGGAGGAAGAAAGACAAGGAGACACCAGCUUUGGUGGACAAUAAUGGGACAGUAAACGGUGGGAACGCUCCCUUACUGGGCCAAACCUCGACUUCAGCGCCACCUCCUGCUGCGCUGCAAUCACCAAGCCAGUCAGAAGAGAAGAACAGGAUCAUGUCCACACCUCUAAAGGUUGUUGAUAUGGAGGCUCAUGAAGAACUGGCCCUGGCCCUGUCCAGGGGUCUGGAGCUGGACACGCAGAGGUCCAGUCGAGACUCCAUCCAGUGUUCCAGUGGCUACAGCACACAGACCAACACACCCUGCUGCUCUGAAGACACCAUACCUUCACAAGUGUCGGACUAUGACUAUUUCUCUAUGGCUGGAGACCAAGAGCCUGAGCAGCAGCAGACGUCUGACUUUGACAAGUCCUCCACCAUCCCCAGAAACAGUGACAUCGGUCAGUCCUACAGACGCAUGUUUCAGACCAAACGACCGGCCUCCACCGCCGGCCUGCCCAGCACACACGCUCCCUUUCCUGGACAGGGGACCUACUAUGUGGGGCCUUAUCCUUCCACGCCAGGCCACACAGGAGCUUAUUCAUCUAUACCUACAGGCCACAGUCCAGUUAUAGUCACCCCCGGGGUCGCCACAAUCCGCCGCACCCCUUCUUCCAAGCCCUCCGCCCGCCGCUCGGGCUCCGUGGGUGCAGGCCCCAUUCCUAUCCGCACUCCUGUCGUCCCCGUAAAAACUCCUACUGUGCCCGAUGUGCCAGCGACGGUUAAUGGGAACAGAAGUGCAGAGGAGGUGGGAGCAGGGCAGGAAAGCCCAGGUUCUACAACGUUUACAGGACCAGAGAACGGUGGAGCGCUCCCUGUAGAGUCCUGGAGGGGUCAGGCCUCCACCAAUCCUCCCUCUGUACCCCUGCCCAGCCAUCAGCAGCAAGGAGAAGGCGAGGACGCCGGAGACCAGGAGCAAGGAGACAUGCUGGUGGCGAUCCGCAAAGGAGUCAAGCUCAAGAGAGCACCCACCAAUGAUCGCUCUGCACCGCGAAUGGCAUGAUAGCACGCAAGUAUCACAAGAGGCAUGUGGCUUCUUGUCGUAGACUUGGAGCUCCUUCUGUAAAGCAUCUGUAUAUUUUGGGGGGAAAAAAGUUUUACAGAAAUAUUGUUCAUCGGAGUCCAAAGUACAAAAAGAAAAGGCUGCUUCGUUUGCUUAAUUGAGAAAUCUGCUGUAAAUUUUCGCCUGUGAGAACUUCUCCCUGCAAGAGCCUUCGACUCACAAUAUGUAGAUAUGCUAUUCUACAGGUCCACAUAUUCAAAUAUGACAUGAUGCUUUAAAAAUACUGUAAAACCAACUCAGAUAUUUGACCAGAAGUGGAACAGAGGACCCUCUGAUUGUGGUUUUAUAAACUGAGUCAUUUUACAAGUCUGUUUGAGCUGUAGGACAGGACCUAACAUCCAACAUACAGUAGGUCUUCAAACUGGAUUUUAGCCAAAGAACUCAAGUGUUUCAGGCCCGCAGAUUUGUUGUGGUAGUUCAGAACUUAAAGAUACACCAAUGAAUAACAGGAAAGCAUUAUAACACACAGUGUCUUUAAAAGGACAGAAAAGACAUAUUUUGGACACACUCUCCUUCACCCUUUUGGACAGUAACUGAGUUAAAUAACCAGUGUGCACACACUCGGUGCUUUUGAAAUUCAAUGUAGAAAAAAGGUAAACACAAGCAUUUUGAUUGUCUGAAGACUUGACAACAUUCAUCUCAAGCACUACAGGACACCAAUACUGGACUAUUGAUCUUCCCUAGAAAGCAUCGACUUCACUGGCCAACUGAUCUGUAUGGACAUCUUACAUAGAAUCACGCCCUCUUGGCUGAAGGAAGACGGUUUGCUAAUCCUCCAAGGCUCCAAUGGAUGGUGCUUUAUUCUUCCACUGGGUUUGAAAACCAAAAUGCGGUGUGUAAAAGUCCACUGAGCCACCGCGGACUGUACAGCUGCAGGGCAAAGAAACUGAGACUGUGCAGCAACCUGAGUUGUUGGUCACUUCAGUGUAAAAUAGUAACAUUGUUAGACAUUAUGUUAUGUCCUGGUUGCUUUAUUAGUUUAAGUAUUUACACAAUUUGUGAAUAAUUUUGCACAUCUCAGCUGAUGAGGAUUCUGUUUGUGUCUCGUCCCAACUUUCUGCCCGCUCCCCAAAAACUGAUAUUUAGGUCAACUGCCAAUUUGCAUAAUCAAAUAAGAUAGAACGAUCUUCAUCUUGCAAAGCAAUAAUAAGUGAAUUGGUUUAAUGUCUUCGAUUCUGUGUGCUUCAUUUAUUCUGAUAUCUACAUGCUGAGCUUUGUAGAUACUCUUUGUGGCUUGUUUAUAUAGGAUCCCCUUCUUUUUUAAAUUCCAUUUAUUAGUGAUUUUACAACCUGCUGAAGAUUAAUUACUCAUAGCGUUACUAAUAAAUGUCUAUGUGCCAAGUAUAAAACACAUUAUAUCAAAUUUAUAUAGACAUUGCUAAACCUUUAUAGAAGAUAAUGAAGCAAAGUAUUUUUGAUGUUGUGAAAGUUCUCACUUUAAAGCCGAUUUCUGUCAAAUUGAACGUUUUGUUUUCUUAUAAAUUUAUAUGACAAGUAUGUUUAUGUCCUUUUGAUCAAUUAGACUUUAACAUCAAUAACAUCCAUCUCUUGUCAGACUAUCAGACGUGACAAGUCCAGUAUGUACUGAAAGUGUGACCCUGAAAACAAGAAAACCUUAUCAUUUAGGGAUGGUUAUUUUUACUUAUACAUUUUCAUUUUUCUUUUUCUGGACAAUAGUCUCAUUUUUGUGUUUAUGAGGCUCACCCUCAGACGGCAGCGAUAGACUAUAAGCUAAAUAGGUUGUUAGCGUCACUAGUUAGACUAUCAUUGGAUUUGCAUUUAAGUUCAAGCACUGUGAGACCACGGCUACUACAAAGUGUAUGGAAGUGUAAAUAUUGUUUAGUGGUAAAAGUUAGUCCAGGAUUUCUCACAUUUUAAUUUAUUUUCUUUUUCAGUGUUAAAUAUUAGUCUUCUUUCUCAAUCUGUCUGUUUUUUACUGACCGUAAAAUACCAGUUAUACAGUUGUUGUUCAUCUUUUCAACGAUUAGUCACUGAAGUCCCUUAUUUCACAAAUAUUCAGACUUCUUUUUUUCAUCUAAAUUCAUGCUGGUGUGAAAGCAACUUGUUUAUACUGAGUUUGAGUUUUGACUUGCAUCAGUGUUUUGGGUUUUGUCUUUUUUUUUAACAAGCAGACUUGGACAACCUUCAUUUUCUGAUUGUUAACAUAAAGUUUUAUUUUUCCUUUGUUAAAAAUGACUUCAGAUGGUCACGUAUUUUGCGAUGACUGACCUGAGAGUGAACUGACAAAAAAUAUUUUACCAGAUUUGCUAAAACUGAUGGCAACAUGACAACUGCUCCCUGAUUGAAUUUUAAACGUUUCUAUUGAUUUUAUUUUUGUCUUCAUAUCCUAAACCCAUGUUAUCAACCUGUAAUUCCCCCAUAUUUAAAUUGUUAGCAUAAAUAUAUAUUAUAUAUUACCAAAUGUCAGUAUAUUCUAUAAAUAAGAAGUUUAUAGUUUGUGAAGUUUUGAACUUAUAGUUAAACCCAUUUCUAGUUAGUUUUAUCUCUUUUGCCCCUCAGAAGAGAGUUGAUCUCUCUGUCUGUCCUUGUUAAGUUCAGGCUGUGAUGCAUUUGGUUUCAGGAGGUUAAAUGUAGCUAUUGUUUUGUGUCCUUACAGCUUAAGCAAUACAAUAAAAAUAUAUAUAUACUAAUUUUGCUUUGACUUACUGGGCUCUUGAUUGUACAAAUGUGUAACCAGCAUGUCUAUAAAAGCGUCAAACAUC